AUGCUCAAAUUUCUAAUAAUUCUAAUUUGUCUAGUAAUCAAAACCCAUUCGUGGACAUGGAGUGAUUAUCCAUCCCCUAGAGGACCAGAUUAUUCGAAAUGUCGUGUUUCACACCCAACAUAUGUUUGUGAUCCUGAUGGAAUGUUAACUGAUCAACAGAGAAAGGAAAUUGUGGACUUAGUUGAGGAUUUUAAGGAAAAAACUAGAAGACCAAAAUCCAGGCUUUUAUGCAUGAGGGAAGGACUUAAACUUGUUGUUGCCUUAGCAAAAGUUAAAAUUGGUUAUGAAGAUAGUUCAACAGGAUAUACACAUUUGUGUACAAAUGAUAGAAGAUGGACAUUAUCUGAUGGAAAUGAAUGUAAGUCAGAUGUGCAUGGAAUUGAGCUAAAUACAGAUGGGUUUCGUCAUUGCUAUAAGACCCGUUGGCUAAUGACCCUUCAAAAAGAUGAAUAUGACAAACUUAACAAAUCCGAGGUAAAAAUGAAUGAUCAAAAUUGA